AUGCCAAAAGCCAACCCGCCCUUCUUCCACCGCUUCCUCAAUCGAAACAAAACUUCAAAAGAAGAAGCACCACCACCAUACCACUCCACCUCAGCAUUUUCAUCCAAAAUAAAAGCAAAACACACCCCACAAUGGCGGUGGUCCAACCACCAAUGCAAAGAAUGGAUCACCGCCGUCCUAGUCACCUACCUCAACCUCCCCCUCGCCGAAGCCGAGGCCAAAGCAUCCCAAUUCGAGGGUUUCGGACCAAGCCUUUUCGAAAGAGAUCAUGCGUGGUGGGAAUGGUUUCUUGGGGACGGGGUGGGAUCACCGGUCUUUUCUUUGAUUUUUAGUCUGAGAGAUGAACCGGGUGCAUUGCCGGAAGGUAUUACGUAUGAUCAUUAUAAGAGUAAGAGGAGCAAGAAAUAGGAAGUCAGAUAUUGGGAGGAGUCUGGUUUGAUGAGAUUGUGCUCUAG